AUGCCAAUGAGCCACAACAGCACGGCAGAGGACACGGCUGCCAUGGAGUUGUACUAUCAGGAGCACAUGCACUAUGAACCGCAAUACAUCAUCCCGCUCAUCUUCGUCAACAUGCUGUCUUGCAGUUUGUCCAUUCUCGGGUCGACGAGUAUCAUGUCCAUGGCCUGGAGGGCCAACAAGAGCAAGCCACAGAUUAUGCAGCGCCUCCUGUUUGGCCUCAGUUUGGCCGACUUGGUGACGACAUUGGCGUUUCUGUUCAUGCCAUUUCUCGCACCCCAAGAAGAAGGACUCGCUUGGGCAGUGGGAAAUCGAGCUUCGACCACGGCCGUGGGGUUCUUCUUUUUGGCGGCGCUAAUGUGUGCCAACAUGAUGAACAUGUACCUGAGCAUUUACUUCUUGUUGGUCGUUCGGCGCAACUGGAGGGAGCAACACUUUACGCAGAGGGGAUACGAAACCACGGCCUUUGCCGUUGCCGUCUUGAUACCCCUCCUGGACUUUGUUCCCGGAGCCAUUUUCGGCAUGACCAACACCAAUGAAGUAAUCAACAACUUUGUCAGUUAUAACGCAUCGCCGUGGGAUUGCAUGAUGGACGAAGAAUCCUGUGAACGCCCCAUCAAGGGCAAUCCACAAGUUUGGUCCUACGUGGGGGCAGCCCCCUUUACCAUGUUUAGCAUCAUUUGCUUUGCUUGUACCUUCAUGGUCUAUUGGACGGCCCGCACAACAUUCCGAAAGAGCAAGUCAUACGACUUUACCACAUCGACAACCACCAAUGCAACUACUGCAGGAAACAAUGAUCCCACCAACACGAGAUGUCGCUUGGCAGGCAGCAGCAUGGUGCAAGGACUUCGUGGCGAUGAGCUCACGGAAACAGGCACGACACAACGAGAACGAAGCCCUUCCACGAUUAGCACGAUCAUCCAAUCCGUCCGACGCAGCACCAGUAGGCACAACAAGACUAGUGGAGACCGCAAAGCAAACGAAGUGGCCACCCAAGCCAUUCUCUAUUGCCUCGUGUAUACCAACACUCUCAUCUGGCCAUUUACAGGUGGAAUGCUAAAAACGAGACCAAGCGCGGGAGAUGACCGAAGUGGGGCACAGGUCAUCUAUGAAUGGCACCAGGAUCCUGCAAUCUACGUCUUGCAUAUUGUCUUUUGGAUGUUCUUUCCACUGCAGGGCUUUCUCAAUUGGUUUGUGUACACACGAAUCAAGGUGAAAGAGUGGAGACGAGCCGAUCCGGAUUGCUCCACCUUUCAUAUCUAUCGGCUCAUUCUCAUGGGAAUCCCCAUCCCAGUGUCGUCUCGGGACAACGUUAACCGGGCAAACGAACUGCCCAAUCCAGAUAGAUAUCGCCGUGCAAAGGCAGUGCGACAAAAGGAAAGCGAAGAAGAAAAGACAGAAGAAGAGUUACCAACCCUGCACGAGUCGGGAACAACCACAGGUCUCGACGCGUUGCAGUGGCAAGAUGAUGUUGAUUUGGAGGUUGCUGAUUUGGAGAUAUAA